AUGAAGUUCCUUUGUGUUUUGUUUGGAAUUAUCGCUUCUGUCGCAGCUCAAGGUUAUGACUAUCCCAUGCAUCCUCAGAUCGUGAUUGACAGAUACCCUGAAUGGUAUAUCCAUUCGUCAAAUCUUGAUCCGCAACAAAGGCAUCGCCGUGACGUCACCUUUGAUCACAAAACCGAUAACGGACGCGUGUUUGGAACUCUCGGGCAGAAUGACGCCGGAUUGUUUGGUAAAGGUGGCUAUGAACAUAACUUCUUCGACGAUCACCGCGGCAAGUUAGAUGGGCAAGUUUACGGAACGCGAGUGCUCGGGCCUUACGGUGACUCAAGUCACCUGGGUGGUGCGCUCAACUGGCAAAAUUCUAAUGCAGCCGCGUCUCUCGAAGCGAGCAAACAAAUUCACGGUCCUGAUUCGAUAAUGGCAGGCGCUGGGGGUAGGUGGCCAGUUGGUAAAAAUGGUGACUUCUCACUGGAAGGAACGUAUGGGAAGACGUCUGGGUACAAGCCGGAGUAUGGUGGCAGAGGCGUGUUUAACUAUCGUUGGUGA